AUGAGAAAAGAUUUCUCGAACUAUUAUCUUCUGCACCAGCACACUCAGAUUUCCAGCUCUUAUGACCGACGCCGCCUACACAUCACCCCCGCCUCCUUCCGCGCCCUCAUGUCCACCUACCACGUCCCCGUCUCACUCAUGGCGGCCCUCUCGCGGCCUUACAUGGUCUGCGGCACGGGCUUCCGUAAGCUUUCCGACGGCGUCUCGGACCACUGGUGUCAUCUACCAGUGCGCGUUGUCGUGAAGUGCCUGGUCGACGCGAAAGAGCACACCAAAAGCACGGCGGGGAGUAACCAGAUGGAUCCUUUUCACUAUAUCCAUAUUUCUGGUGCGAAAGCCGAUAUUCGCGGGUCCCAUAUCGGGCUCUACGUUCGGAGGGACUUGAAGGCGAAGAGGAUGAGCGUGAUUGUUGUGAACUUGCUUGAUGGGCGGUUUAAGGACUUGAUUGAGGAGCCGCUGGUGAGGAUGAGGGCGACAUUUGAGAAACACCUCCAGCGAGAGAUCGCCAACGAGACAUCCGCCUUCUCCGACGGAAGCAAGGACAUGAACAAGGCCCUCCACAUCAUGGCCGCCCACCUCCACCGGUACAAAUCCGAACUCGGCCGGCUAGGCUUCAUCCUAUCCGACCUCCUCUCCCAUCGACUAGACAUGGACGGCGAUGAUUACGCCUCCGGGGAUGGCGAUGAUGUUGAUGGCUCUUCUUCCAGUGGCGUAACCGAGUCGGAGAAGGAGAAGAUACGAAUUGAGCAGCUCCAGUCGCAGCUCAAAGCCAUUACGGAUUUCUCGGACGAGAUGGAGCGGAAAGUUCAGAAUAUCCUCACCUUGGCCGAUGCAAAGCUCUCUCAGAAAGUAGCCCUGCAGUCUCACGAGCUGACGAUCAGCGUGAACAACGACAGCAUCGCCAUGAAGACGAUUGCUAUCUUGACCAUGUUGUUCCUGCCGGGAACCUCGUUUGCGGCUAUUCUGGCCAUGCCCUUCUUCGAUGACAACGAGUACCUAGGCGAACCAUCAAAGGUUUGGAUCUGGGUUGUCUUGACGAUCGCGUCAACGGUCGUUGCAUUCUGGGGCUUUUUCCACGUCAUGAAUCGGCAGGAGAGGUCUAUGGAGGAGAAGCGGGCUUGCAGUACAGGUGAUGGGAGUACGGACCGGGUUGAUAAUGGGCUUGCGUUGGCGUAG